GUUUAUUCCAGUGAUAAAUCAAGAAGCCCCAAUCAAAUAAGAAUUAAAGUUCAACAAAGUAUCUAAUAAUUACAGAGAAGAAAUUAAUCAAACAAUUAGCAUUUGUGAUAUUUAUAUUCAAUGUUGUUCACUUUAAGUUUCGCGUUUCGAUAUAUUGUAUGAGGAUUGAGGAGUGAAGUUGGUGGUCGUGAAAAUCAGUAGUGGAAAAAGAAAGAAAGAAAAAAAAUUGAGUUCGCGGGUGGAAGCAAAGUUCGUCACACAAUCGGAGUAAAACAAAAAAUUAAAAAAAGUAAAAUCAAAAGCUGGAGAUGGAAAAAAUAAAAAUAAAAUAAAAAGAAGAAAAAUGAGUGGAAACAACGGAUUUGUAUAUAUUUGUGAAUAAGAGUGAAUCAAUUAAGCUUAUUGCUAUGAUUAAAGCAAUGAAAUAAAGUAGAAAAAGAGAAGAAAUAAAUAUAAUAAUAAAAAUAGCACCCGAUACCUUUGAUAAUACGAUGCUUAAUAUAAGCUUCAUGAUGAAGUUCACUUCAAAGUCUUUUUGAAAGAUGAGAGAAAGAAAAAUGAAUCAAAUUGAAAAGUGAUAAUGUGAAAAAUAAAAUAAAAUAUGAGGAUCAACAUUUAAUCAAUUAUAUGAUAACUCCAUCAAUUAAUUAAACCUAAUCCUUCCAAUAUGUUAGACCAAAUAACUCCAACAGAAGGACAAGGUAAAGCAGCACAAUAUGUUAAAGUCGUAGAAUAUACCGAAAAAUCACAGGACAAGCACGAGUCGAGACAUGUUCAAUUGGUUCGAGAGUAUGGAUUUCAUCCCCGGUCAAAAGUGCAAGUUGUUGAUGGCUCCGUGCUGCCACGAAAAUUUGAGCCAUUUCCCGAGCACAUGUAUGGACGACCACUUGAAGAAAUCGACACUUUUAUCUACGAAGAGACAUUUUGCGUUGUAUCGAAGCGAUUUCAAAAGAAUUACAUCCAUCGCUUCACUGGCACAAAAAGCUUGUUUCUUUUUCCCCCAUGGAAUCCACUUCGACGAACUUGUGUAUUUAUAGCGACAAAUCAGUUUUUCGAUUAUUUUGUAAUGGCAACAAUCUUACUUAAUUGUGUUUUCCUGGCCAUGAAAGAAGCAAUUGAAGAAGCAGAGUUUUUCUUUCUUGCAAUUUAUUCGAUCGAAAUGUUUAUCAAGAUAAUUGCAAAAGGUUUCGUUCUAAACAAAUACACCUACUUGAGAAAUCCGUGGAAUUGGCUUGACUUCGUUGUCAUCACAAGUGGCUAUGCAACAAUUGGUCUCGAUGUCGGAAACUUGGCUGGAUUGCGAACAUUUCGAGUUUUAAGAGCUUUGAAAACGGUUUCAAUUAUGCCUGGUCUGAAGACCAUCAUUAACGCGCUCCUUCAUUCAUUCAAACAACUUGCUGAGGUCAUGACUUUAACGAUAUUUUGCUUAAUGGUUUUUGCUUUAUUUGCUCUUCAAGUUUAUAUGGGUGAAUUGCGAAAUAAAUGCGUGGAGAAUCACCCUGAAUGGUGGACAAAUGUCACGAGUCAAGAAUGGCACGAUUGGAUAAGCAAUACAUCAAACUGGAUAAUUGACGAUAAUGAUACGCCGAUGUUGUGUGGAAAUUUAACUGGCGCUCGACAUUGUCCACCCACACACACUUGCUUAUGUAUAGGAAAUAAUCCAAAUCAUGGAUAUACAAAUUUUGACAAUUUUAUGUGGAGCAUGUUAACAACUUUUCAAUUGAUUACAUUAGAUUAUUGGGAAAAUGUGUACAAUAUGGUUCUAGCAACUUGCGGUCCAAUGAGUGUCAGCUUUUUUACAAUUGUCGUGUUCUUCGGUUCAUUUUAUUUGAUUAAUUUGAUGUUAGCUGUCGUAGCAUUAAGUUAUGAAGAAGAAGCGGAAAUAACACAAGAAGAACGACGUAAAGAUUUGAUUGAUCAUCGUGAUGACUCCACGUUCAGCUUCGAUCCGUCAAAUCUCAGCCUUAAGCAAUUAAGCAAAACGGCUAAGAAGUUUGACUCGAAGAAGAGCGUGUUGAUGGCUUCGUAUUCGAGAAAGAAAACAAGACGGAAGAGAAAGGGAAAAGAAACGACAAAACCAACCAAUACAAACAAUAAUAAUAAUAACAAUAAUAGUGAAGCAUUUGAUGAUAACAAAUCAGAGAAUAGAAGUCGUUCAGCUACACCAACUCCUAAUGCAAGUCCCCGUCAUAGCAGUACAAUUCGUCCACAAGCGUUGGCAAUUCAGAAGAAUCGUGGAUUAUUACAACAAGCGCAACUUAAUCAACAAUUACAGCAACAAUCAGCGAACGUGGGUGAUGGUGAAGAUAAUGCAAACUCAAAUACACUUCAUCCGUUGAGAGGUCAAUUAUUAUCAAGUCGACAAGGUAGUUCAAAUCGUGACUCUUCAUUAGAUGAUUCAGGAGUUGUUGAUGAUCACGAAGACAAUCAAGAAAAUGAAAACAUGGAAGAACAUCCGUCGAACAUGGAGGUGACCUUGGCUUUAUCCCCAAAAGAAGUUAAAAUAAUCAAAUGCAAUGGUAAUAAUCUCCAACGCAACAAGAAAAAACACGAUGUUUAUGCAUUACAUCCUGAUUACUUAUCUCAGUCUAUAGUUGUUAUAGAUGAUCUUCCCGAUGAUCGUAAUUGUGAAUAUUGUGUUCAUUGUUGCAUAAGCUAUGAUAGCUGGCUGUCGUUUCAGAAUGUCCUUUAUAAAAUCGUUAAAGAUCCAUUGUUUGAAUUGUUCAUUACUCUAUGUAUUGUUUUAAAUACAACCUUCUUAGCAUUGGAACACCAUGGUAUGAGUGAGACUGUUAGAUCAGUGUUAGAUAUAGGGAAUAAGGUCUUCACUUUGGUGUUUACGGUUGAAUGCAUCCUUAAAUUGUUGGCUCUUUCAAAAGAAUUCUUUCAAUGCGGCUGGAACAUAUUCGAUUUGUGUAUCGUAACGGCAAGCAUUUGUGAUCUUAUUUUUGAAUUAGUUGACGGUUUAAGUGUUUUGCGAGGUCUCCGAUUGUUGAGAGUUCUAAAGCUUGCACAAUCUUGGAUAACAAUGAGAGUUCUUCUUAGUAUUAUCUUAUCAACAAUUGGUGCUUUAGGAAACUUAACAUUCAUUCUCGUCAUCGUUAUUUAUAUUUUUGCUGUAAUUGGAAUGCAAUUAUUCAGUAAAGAUUACACACCAGAAAUAUUUGAUCCCGAUCCCGUGCCACGAUGGAACUUUAACGAUUUCUUCCAUUCAUUUAUGAUGAUCUUUCGAAUCUUAUGUGGAGAAUGGAUUGAACCACUUUGGGAUUGCAUGAGAGCUGAAGAAAAGCAUGAAAAUCAAAGUUCAUGCUUUGCCAUCUUUCUUCCUGCUUUAGUGAUGGGAAACUUCAUGGUAUUGAAUUUAUUCUUGGCCUUGUUGCUCAAUAGUUUCAAUUCCGAAGAGUUGAAAUCAAAGAAGGAAGAAGUUGGCGAUGAAUCGAAGCUGACAAAAAGCUUUGAGCGUAUUCGUUCGAUUGUUCGUAAAGGUCGAUUAAGAAGGAAAGAUGAUGGUGCGAGUAAGUUGGAGAAAUUGGUACAAGAGAUUGUCGUUCAACAACGAAUUGAAAGGAAAAGUAUUCUCACAAAACGACACUCGUUGAAUGUUGCACCACCAAUUUAUUCAAAAAGCUAUCAAGAAUCUCUUAAUCGACCAUUAUCCGGUAUAAACUUCAACUACGAAAUGAAUCUGAAUGAUAAUCUCAAUGUUAAGACAAUCUCUGGAAGUCAGGAGACUGUCACAGACAUGGAUGACCAACAACAAUUACCCGAUGAUAAACGUAACAAUGGAAUACUCCAUCAGAUGUCUUCCGGCUUUGGCACUCAGCAAAGUAAAGACGAGCCUUGUGAUUUGUCUGACGCGGCAGUUGAGUUGAAAGCAGCAAUUUCUUCAGUUCCAUUGCGUAAAGCGAUCCCUCAGCAGCAGCAGCAAUCAACACAAAUCAAAAGACAAUCGUGUCCAAUGCCAAGAAAUAAUCAUUCACAAGCGCAUGCAAUCGAUACAAAUAGCAAUAGUAGUAGUUGUACAUAUAGCGAGAUUAGUAAACAAUUAAAACGUUUAUCUAGUAAUCAAUCUAUAAAUACACUCUCGUUAGAUCAAGACGAGUUACUCAAUCACAUAAAUUUAAAGGAUGAAUUAUUGAACUGCGAUAAAAAGGAGCUUUUUCAAUUUUUGAGAGACGAAGCGUUUCUUAAAGAUACUUUUGAUAAUUUUUAUAAUAAGCACCAAGUGGGUAUUGUGGAUGGAUCAAAAGAGAAUCAGAGAAAAUCUGUGCACAUACAAGAUUUGCAUGACAUAGAAAUGAUGAAGAGUCCCGAGAAGCAGUUGAAAGACUUCGAAAAGCUACCGUCGGUUUCAGUGUUCUCAUUAUUGAUCGAAGAAAACGAAAACUUGAAAGUAUUGCGAUCGUUGCGAACUCUUCGUGCGCUUCGACCUUUGCGGGCGAUCUCGCGAUGGCAAGGAAUGCGAAUAGUCGUGAACGCUCUUAUGUAUGCAAUUCCAUCAAUUUUUAACGUCUUGCUUGUGUGUCUCGUGUUUUGGCUGAUCUUCUCGAUAAUGGGAGUUCAGUUUUUCGGCGGAAAGUUCUUCAAAUGCUUAGACGAGAACGGUGAAUUGCUGAACAUCUCAAUCGUGAACGAUAAGUUGCAAUGCGAGUAUUACAAUUAUUCAUGGGUCAAUUCAAAAAUAACAUUCGAUCAUGUUGGUAUGGGAUAUUUGGCGUUGUUUCAAGUUGCAACUUUCGAGGGUUGGAUGGAAGUCAUGGCCGAUUCAGUUGACAGUCGUGGUGUUGAUUUACAACCAGCACGUGAAGCAAAUCUUUACGCUUACAUUUAUUUUGUAAUUUUCAUUAUUUGUGGAUCGUUUUUCACACUUAAUCUCUUCAUUGGAGUCAUUAUCGAUAAUUUUAAUAUGCUGAAGAAAAAGUACGAAGGUGGCAUUCUUGAAAUGUUUCUGACACCAUCACAGAAAAGCUAUUACUGUGCCAUGAAAAAGCUUGGCCGAAAGAAACCACAAAAAGUCAUUAAAAGGCCGUUCAAUCAAGUCCUUGCAAUGUUUUAUGAUCUUGCCAAUUCAAGACGCUUUGAAAUCGCAAUCUUUGUGUUAAUUUUCUUAAACAUGCUUUCGAUGGGCAUCGAACACUUUGGACAGCCUGACGUCAUUUUCUUCUUAUUAGAAGUAAGCAAUGCAUUCUUCACGACAGUUUUCGGACUCGAAUGUAUUGUGAAAAUUGUUGGCCUAAGAUAUCAUUACUUCACUGUUCCAUGGAAUGUCUUUGAUUUUCUGCUUGUACUUGCAUCAAUUUUUGGAAUUCUUAUGGAAGAUAUUAUGAUAGAUUUACCGAUUUCUCCUACAUUACUUCGUGUUGUUCGUGUGUUUCGAAUAGGCAGAAUUUUACGUUUGAUUAAGGCUGCAAAAGGAAUUCGUAAGCUCUUGUUCGCUUUAGUCGUGUCAUUACCCGCUCUAUUCAACAUAGGCGCACUCCUUGCUUUGUUGUUGUUUGUUUACGCAAUUCUCGGAAUGUCGCUGUUCGGUCAUGUGAAACAGCAAGGCGCCUUAAACGAUAUGAUUAACUUUGAAACCUUCGGGCGAAGUAUGCAGUUAUUGUUUCGAUUAAUGACUUCAGCGGGAUGGAAUGACGUUCUAGAAUCGCUGAUGAUUCAGCCACCUCAUUGUGAUAUAAAUAAAGAAACGUCGUCGAAUGGUGAUUGCGGACAUCCGCUUCUUGCCAUCACCUAUUUCACAUCGUUCAUCAUUAUCAGUUAUAUGAUUGUUAUCAACAUGUACAUUGCAAUUAUUUUGGAGAAUUUCAACCAAGCCCAUCAGGAAGAAGAAGUUGGCAUUGUUGAAGAUGACCUGGAAAUGUUUUACAUUCGAUGGUCUAAAUAUGAUCCUCACGCAUCACAAUUCAUAUCGUUUACACAAUUGACAGAUUUCAUUGCGUCAUUGGAUCCACCUUUGGGCAUUCCAAAGCCUAACACCGUCGCACUCGUUUCAUUCAACUUACCGAUAUCGAAAGGUAACAAGAUUCACUGCUUAGAUAUUUUACAUGCGCUCGUAAAGCAUGUCUUGGGUCAUGUCGAUGAAAGUGACACAUUUAAGCAACUUCAAGAUCAAAUGGAUGUUAAAUUCCGUAAACAAUUUCCAACGAGAAAAGAGAUUGAAAUCGUAUCAUCAACACGAAUAUGGAGGCGCGAAGAACGAGCAGCGAGAACAAUUCAAACAUCGUGGAGAGAAUAUUUAAGAUUAAAACGUGAACGAGAACGUUCUCCGUUGUCGCAAGAAGAUGACAACACGCAACAUUCUAGCCCCGGGUGGCAAGGGAAAUUGUCUGCUUUGAACUUCCUCCACUUACAAAUUAAUCGACGAUGUUCUCGUACAUCGAGUCGUUGUUCAUCGCGGAAAAGUUCGCGUGCAUCUGAGGGAUCGGAUUUGAGUGAAUUGGCGGGUCCAUGGCUGAAUCUUCCGGUUAUGAUGGUACCAGGAACAAGCGAGAUGAUGAAAGAUGCGAAGAUGGAACAUGAAGCCAAACCCGAUCAAAGUAAAUCGAGACGGAAAAGCAUUUAUAAUUUCUUUCUACGACAUCAAGAUGCUGUUGAUGAUCACAUGACGUCUCCAUCAGUGCACAAAAAAGUUAUAAAACCAAGCGAAACGGUGUUGUCAUUGAAGUCGAGCGAAAAACCGACCUCACCACCAACAACAAAGUCGAAGCGUGCGACGAGCUUCAUCAAGAAAAAGCCACGACUUGAGCGUGGACUUUCGGAUCAAAGUGUUUUGCGAUUAAAUCGAAAUGUAAAUUUAGACGUAAACGGCUCAACGUCAUCAGCAGAUGUCAGUAUACUUGUGACUGAACCUUCUCCCGAAGUUCCAUUUGGACCAAAUUUAAAUUCAAAUCAAACUCUCAUUCAUCAUGUAAUUGUACACCGAGAAAGUGAAGAAUAUCACACAGAUGUGGAUGAAGCUGAAAGUGGAAGAAGACCAAAAGAAACAAAUUCAGCAAACAUUCCAAUUCACGAUUCAAUUCUUCCCGUUGUAACAAUCUGUGUUGAUUCACCGAAGGAUGAAGAACAGAAAUCAAUUGCUCAAACCCCAGAUGUUGAGAGAGUGAUUCUCGAACGAUCAUCGUUGGUUGCUGACAGCAGUGGCUCGAAUGUUGUAGUCAAUAUUGAUGAACCAAUUGAUGUCAACUUGGCGAACACGUGUGACACUUCAAAAAUAUUUUACGACUAUUAGAAAGUAAUUAAAGUAAACUUAUAAGAUGAAUAACAUAAAAAUGGAUCAAAAGAAAGAAAAUCUUAAUUGUAACACGAAAAGUUAAUAAUUUAGGACCAUCGUGAAAUUUUCAUUUAACAAUCUUUGAUUGCCUUUCAAGAUAAAAGUAAAUUUAAGUAUUCUAAUCUAUGAAUUCUUAAAACUCAUAAAGAAUUAUUUACAAUUUAGAUAUUUUCCAGUUUAAUAUAAUAAAAAGAAAGUAAAAUGAAGCUGUUAAAGUGUUUAUACGAGAAAGUUUCUAAUUUAGCAUCAACACAUACAACCCCAAACGUAGAAUUUUUGUUAAUUAAUUGUGUUUGAUUGAAUUUGUUGAACGAUAGCAAAUAAUGUAUAAGAAAUCAAUUAAUAAGUAGAAGCUCAUGUCAACAAAUUCAAUCUGAUUCUAAAUUAAAUUCUUGCUCGUAUAAAUGCCCUCAUUGUUCAUCGCUCGUUACGAAAAACAAAAAAAAAGUUUUAAUAAAUAAAAUUACCUACUAGAAAAUUUAUUUUAAUGUUGCUUUAAACAACAAACAUUAUCAUGUGUUAAUUAUCUAAUUUCUGUGCAAAGAUUAAUUAAUUUUGUUGUGUCCAAAAGUAUAUUGGCCUUAUGAAAAUAUUUAAAAAAGAAAACUCAUUCAUUCAAUUCAUUCAUUCAAUCAAAAUAACUUCUACAUGUUUCUUCUUUUAAGCUAAAGAAAAUUGUAAAAGAUAAUAAGAAAAAAAAACUUUCUUCUUCUUAAGAUUUUAAAUAAAGAUUUCUUAGGGCAAUUAAUCAAUCAAA